AUGCCGCUCGUGGUCUUUCCCGCUCUCCUUUCCGAGAUCGAUCAGGUCUACGACGUGUUCUUCGCCGCCUUCGAAGAUGAGCCGAUCAUGCCUUUCCUCUAUCCACGCGGUGUGGAUCGCAAGGCCCAUAGGGAGGGGACAAUCCAAUGGUCGCAGCAGGACAAAACGACGCACAUCGUGAAGUGCGUCGACACGGACACAGGGAACAUUGUUGGCAUGGCUUCCUGGGAUAUAUUUUGGCGCCCGGGAGAGGAGAACGGGUGGGAGCGGCCUGCUGGCAUUCCUUGGUUGGAGGGUGAGGAAAAGGAGCGAUGUAUGAGUGUUCUGGGACCCAUGUGGGACAUCAGAGUGGAUUUGUUUGGCAGGCGCAGAUAUAUCUAUCUUUCUGCAGUCGCAGUGCAUCCGGAUCACCAGCGUGGUGGAGCGGGCCGCUUGCUUAUUCAAUGGGGCAUUGACCUUGCCAACCAGCUCGCCCUCCCGAUAUACACCGAGUCAUCUGAGGUGGGAUUUCAUCUUUACGAGCACAUGGGAUUCGAGCGCUUGUCCCAUGUGAGAUUGGUUCACAAAGCGGAGAUCAUUGGGAAGCCUGAAGAUGUUGAGAUCCCGCUCAUGGUAAAGAUGCCUACUUCUCUUGGGGGGAUGGGAGUUUAA